AGUGCCCUUUAAUUUAAAAGAAGAAAUGUAACAAGUUGAGUACUUAGUAAAAAAAAAAAUGAAGUACUUUACCUUAUGGAAACGUUUCUCAUUCUUGAAAAAGAAUAAGAAGAAAAAAAUGAGUAGAAAAUAUGAUCAAUGUUUAGUAGAUAACAUGUUUGGUCCAUUCCCAGAAAUUUGUUGUCCAGAUGAAGCAUUGGAGAUGGCAAAACAAGCAUUGGCAACAAGGAGGUUAUCGUUCGAAGAAAACGAGUCUUGUUCAGUUCUAUCCAUGGUUGGUUUCCCUUUCAAAGAUUGUUUACUCUUAGCUGUGGAAACUGAGAAUCCUAGAAUGGAUUUUUUGCAUUCAAUGGAGCAAAUGACUAAAGUUUAUGGUGCACAAAGGGGAGAUAUGGUGGAUUGGGAAUUUAUGGAGGAGUUGCUUACUUGGUUCUUGAAGAUUAAUAAUAUGAAGAAUCAACAUUUCAUAGUAGCUGCUUUUAUCGACUUGUGUUUGGGAGGUCAUGUGCAAGAUGUAGAACCAGUGGAAAAUGUGGAGCCACUUACUGAUGAUAUUGUGAAUGUUAUUUUGGAGGAAUUGUGGUGGGGCCUCUAAUUCUUCUAUGUGAAAUCAAGAAAGGAAAGCAUUUUAAAGAAGACUAUUCAUGUAACUGUCUGUUGAAAAUUCAUAAGAGAAUUAGAAGCUUGUUAUUAGUUAAAUACAUCGAUAUACACUUAAAGUUAUUCAAAUUUUUUGUUUACAUGCUUAAA